CUCGAUGCGACAAGUAACAAGUGCGGACUCCAGGUGCGCCACCAUUCUUCCCUCACUGUUCGGUUGCGAUCUGCUGAAAGCGGUGGUACGGUUAGUUCCAGCGACUAAGUGUAAUUUAAGACCCCCGUUUUUGGUUGGCGUCAGUGUGGUUGUGUGAUCGUUUUCGGGUGUAAGGAUAUCGGCAGUCGAUUAAAGUUGCCGUUUGCUGCUUCAAGUGAAACCGAUAUUCCUGUGUCUCUUGUGUUGUGUUCGAGCUAGCUAAGCGAUCAUCCACUAUCGCGAACAAAAAAAAAAGAAUCCCCCUCCUCGACUUGCACAGAUAACGCCAUCGCCACCGACACCGGAACGAUAACCGACACCGCCACCAUCCACAAGGUUGUACGUGUGCGUGCUUGCGUGCGUGCGUGCGCGGGUGUCCACCAGUCCAGGCACCAGCAUCGUCCACCGUGGAUCUCUCCAGUUGCGUUCGAUCCGUGCCCUGUAACGGCUGUGUUCUGCUUGUCAAGCGUGCGCGCUAUCCUGUGUUUGCCCUGAUAAGUGAUUGCUAAUCAAUACUUGAAAGCUGAAGUGCACCCCAUUUCUGUGUUUGUGUUUGCGUGCCUGUGUGCGUGCGUGCGUGCGUGAGGACAACGAAAGUAUUGACGAUUUGAAUUGCAAACCCCAAACAGCAUGUCCUCCAAGACGAAUGGUACGGCGGCAGCCGUGGCGAAUGGCACUCCCAAGUACGAGGCCCGGCUCUGUCACGUGGUAAAGCGGGCCGAUUUCGAUGGCUACGGGUUCAAUCUGCACGCCGAAAAGGGUCGCCCGGGUCAGUACAUCGGAAAGGUGGAUGAUGGUUCCCCGGCAGAGGGUGCGGGACUGCGGCAGGGUGAUCGUAUCAUCGAGGUGAACGGCCACAACAUCACGACCGAAACGCACAAGAAGGUGGUCGAGCUGAUCAAGGCUGUGCCGAACGAGACGCGACUGCUGGUGAUCGAUCCGCGGGCCGAUGCCAACGAUCUGAAGAUGGCGCUGGCAAAGGCAUCGACGGCGGCCACUGCGGCAGCUGCUCCCAGCAACAAUAACAACAACAACACCACGAAUGGAACGAGUAACGGCCAUCAGGAGAAUGGCGGCAAGCUGCACAGCAAGGAGAACGGACAGAAGAAGGAUUCGAUCAAGGUGGAGGCUGACGAGAAGUCUCCGAAAAGCAAUGGCAUCACGAACAAUAGCAUCAUCAACAACAACAACAACAUCAACAGUCACCAUCACCAAAACGGCAACGGAACCGUGGACAGCACGACAAAGACGACUGCGACGACGAUGGACAAAAUCAUUGACGACACUAAGAAGGUCCUCACGGUGACGGAUGGGGCUGCCACGGGAAAGAUGGCACUGAAUGGAACGGCCACAGAGACGGCAGCAGCAGCAGCAGUAACCACGCCAGCACCUGCCGCCACCGAGGGCAAGAAGUUGAACCUGCCGAUGACCGCGGCCGAGAUGCGGGCACAGUUGGCCGCCCGCAAGAAGUACGAUCCCAAGAACGAUGUGUGCGAUUUGCGCAAAAAGUACGAAAUCAUCCAGAAGAUGUAAGAAUCGCCGGGAGACCGCGAU